AUGGCAAGUAUCAGGCGGUUCUUCUACUCCCAACUUUUUGUUACACCUCCCAAGCCCACCGGUGACCUUACUGGCAAGACUGUCAUCGUUACUGGCUCCAAUAUCGGUCUUGGAAAGGAAGCCGCACGUCACUUCACCCAGCUCAACGCAUCCACCGUGAUCUUGGCCGUGCGCUCCAUUGAGAAAGGCGAAGCAGCGCGCAAGGACAUCGAAUCAACUACAGGCCGCAGCAAUGUAGUCAAAGUCAUGCAGCUCGACAUGUCAUCCUACCAAUCCGUCCUCGAUUUCGCCCAAAAAGUGAGCAAAGAGCUAGAGCGAGUGGACAUUGCAGUCCUCAAUGCCGGUGUCAACCGCCGCGAAUGGGAGGUUUUCGAACAAGACGAAUCUACCAUCACCGUGAACGUGGUAUCCACCUUUUUGCUGGCCUUUGCGUUAUUACCCAAACUCAAGGACACGGCAAGCAAGUUCAACACCAGACCCACGCUUACCAUUGUGAGCUCCGAGGUGCACGAAUGGGCGACUUUCGACGAGAAGAACGCACCCGAAGGAAAGCUGUUCGAGAGACUCAACGAGAAGGUUGUCAAUGGAAAGGAGGUUGGACUCAGCAAUCGAUAUCAAGUCAGCAAGCUACUGGAGUUACUUUUCGUCCGCGCAUUCUGCCAGCGAUAUCCUGAAUCGGCUAUUCCUGUCACGGUAAACCUGGUUAACCCUGGCUUCUGCUACUCUGAAUUGAGUCGCGAAGAUGGUAUUGCCCUCGUAAUUGCAAAAUUCCUGCUUGCACGGAAAACGGAAGUCGGGUCGAGGACUCUUACGCACGCUGGUAUUUCGGGUGUUGAGACGCAUGGAAAGUAUCUCAGUGACUGUGAGAUCACGGAGCCGAGUCCUUAUGUGCGGAGCGAGGAGGGUAAGAGGGAUCAAGAGAGGGUUUGGAAGGAGCUGACAGCAAAGUUGGAGGUUAACAAGUCUGGGAUUACAGAGAGCUUUUAG